AUGUGGCUGGUCCUCUGGUCUUUAGUCCCAUCCGAGCUCCCCCAUUGGCUGCAGACUGUGAGAACCUCCAGCAAACCCAGGACUCACACAUUCAUAUGGAGAUUAGAGAGUAUAAAUAGAGGAGGGAGAGAGAGAGAGCUCAGCACAGCUCAGAUCUUCUCCUCACAGAGAGCUAACAGAAGAAACACAGCCAUGGCUCCUACAAUCACUGCAUCAAUCAUCAACUCCAACCACCUUCUUCCACUUACUAAUAAGCUGAGAAAGCCAAUAGUGGAGAAGAUGCGUAGAGAACGCAUCAACAGCAGCAUCGAGAAGCUCAAGUCUCUGCUGGGUGGAGAAUUCCUAAAGCAACAGCCUGAUUCCAGACAGGAGAAAGCCGACAUCCUGGAGAUGACAGUUUAUUUCCUGAGACAGCAGCAGCAGUCACACAAGAAGUGGAGCUGCUCCACUGCAGCUGAUGAAGGCUACAGCAGGUGUGUGCAGGAGGCCAUCCACUUCCUGUCUCAGUGUCAAGUACACACUCAGUCCCAGAGAAGACUGCUGAGCCACUUCCUCACCAUGCAGCCUUCCAUGGAGAAGAGCAGAAGUGGCGUUCCUCAGCUCAGCUCUCCAGCCUGCCAGAUCAGCAGCAAAGAGGAGACUCCAGGCUGCAGUGGCCUCUGGAGACCCUGGUAGAGCCGCAUGGACACUUUACCAUUAGGAAACCAACUUACAAAUGCCACAUUGGCAUUAACUACGUUUUCCUAAAUGUGUUUUGUAAUGUUUUUGUCCAACUUUUCAUGGGCAAAGUAUGACAAGGUGCUUUCAUACUGGAAAAGCAUGUGUAGAUUUUUCUAUGACUGUGCCAUAUAUUUACUAAGCAAGAAGCACUGCUGCAUCCUACUUGUUUUUUUUUUUUGUUUGUUUUUUUAUACAUUGAAUGUGUAAUGAAAUGCUCAUAUUGAGAAAUUACAUUAAGAAACUAAUUUUUAAGUGUCACAUUGGCAUUAACUAUGGUUUCCAAAGUGUUGGACAUUUUACAGUUUUGCAUGUGCAAAAUCUAAGUUGCUUUCAUUGCAAGAAAGCAUAUGUAGAUGUUUCUAAGUUUUCAGAAACUAUUACAUUUUCUUCCCAUGCAAGAAGAAUUAUUACAAUCAUCAAGUUUUGAGUGCAUUACUAAAACCCACAUUGGGUGUAAAGUUUCUGCAUUUGUGGAUUGUUUGAAUUUCAAGCAAUUAAACUUUUUCUAGUUUUCAUACAACCUCACUUAUUGUGUAAGAAAGUAUUUUCUAUUUGAAAUAGAAUUUUAAGGUUUUUUUUGUUUGAACUUUUUUUUGAAGGUUUUCAUUAUCUGUACUCUGGAUCCUUGAGUGCAAAAUGUCUGUGACGUUUCCUAAUCUAGCAAAUCCAGCUCCAAUGGAGUAAGAUAGGUAAUCUGGUAAGAGGUAAUGCUGGUGCUGACUUCUGUACAGCAUAAACAUGUUUACAAUACAUUCAUGUGAGUGAGAAAAAAGAUAGUUCUGACUUUUAUUAGAAGCUAUUUACUUCUUUAAUUAUUUAAUUGUACAUUUAAAAAUGUUCAAACUGGAAAUGACUUUGCCUUCAUUAAAGGUCAUGUACUUUAUUGUGUGAGUAUGAAUCACAAUUAUUAUUAAAAUAAUGAAAAUAAAUUCUAAUAGUGCAAUCAG